CCUAUUCCCUGUAACAACUCCAUUUUCAAAGAUUUCACUAAAUAUCUAUUUGCUGCAACCUGUUGGUACGAGUACCUGUUGGAAUUGGCAGCAGCAACGUUCCCCAACGUUAACAAAUUCCCAUGCAUGUUAUGGAUGGUUGCGAAUUCCCAUCACAUUCGUGGCACGCAUCGUGUCGUAUUAUGAGCGUUUGGAGUAUAGCGUGCGUGCUUGGUAUUUGAAUGCCGGGUUGUGUAUUAUCUUCCAGGGUGAGCCGCAGUGCGUUGGAAUGCAGGAAAUGUGUGAGAGUUCCGGUGAAAGCUGAUUCACUGUCCACGACUGAGUACAAUCGCGGCUUCGUUAAAGUACUGUCGAUUGGGCUCGUAGUAUUUAAGUAUCUGCAUGUUACCACCCGUUAUCGCCUGCUAUUUUUAAGAAGAUGGCGACUGUAGAAAUGAUAUAGCGUUUUCGGUGAAUUUUAUACUUUCCUUUCAUAAAGUAGGCGCGUCGAGAGGGCUCUGGUUUGUAUGCAUCGUCCGAGGCGGAGUGAGGUUACAAAACUGUUGUGUGUAAAUAUGGUGGUAUGUGCCCGUCAAAUCGUAUGUGAGCCGAAAAAGUGAAUGAAAUUAGAGAUAACUGGCAACACUGUCCGUCAUUCCCUCACUGACAACUUGCCAUAUACACGCACCCGCACACACCCCACUGUACCCCACUGUUUGUCAUGUUGCUGUUACAUUGAGGGUUGGAUAAUAAUGUAAUAUUGCUAUGGGAAAUAAAAUAAUCGCUGUUUAUGUGCAGCUGCCCUCGAAUGUUUGUUGGAGAAAUGAAUGCAGUAUUGUUUAAAGAAAAUGUUUUAUUUGCAUGUUGUUGAAUAAAGCGUAAUUUAAAGAAUUUGCCAUUUUUGUAAAACAUACUUGAGAUUUUAUUAAUUUGUUGUGUUGCGGUGCAACUUGCAACGAUAUGGCAUUUCCUGCUUUGGGUGCUUAAUAUUGACAGGCUGAAAUGCCGUUUAAAUUGCGCUUAAAGCGAAGUCGUCAGUAUAAUGUCGUAUCAAAAUCGCUUUUUGUAAUUACCAUCGAGCUAUUGGACGGAAGCAAUAUCGAGUGCACAUUGUCUGCCGAAAGUAGUGGACAAGAAUGUUUGGAAAGUGUGUGCCAGAGGCUGGGCCUCCAGCAGCCCGAAUUUUUUGGUCUUCGAUAUACUUGGCGUCAAGGAUCUGGACCUGCACCAUCUCGCUGGGUAGAACUAGAGCGACCUCUGAAGCGACAGCUGGACAAGAAUGCUCGUGGCAAUGUCCUGCUGCUACGUGUUAUGUACUAUGUGUCUGGGGUUCACCAUCUCCAUGAUGAGAUGACGAGGUACCACUACUUUCUGCAACUCAAAACUGAUCUUAUAGAAGGUCGCAUGCACUGUGAUCAGAAGCAAGCAAUACUUCUGGCCAGCUAUGGUAUGCAAGCUGAGUUCGGCAACCAUGAUCCUGAACGUCACACUGCUGAGUACUUGACAGACUUUAACAUGCUCCCAAAGUAUUUCACUGAGCACAGGAGUCACUUGGAGAGCAUGGUGGAAGCUGUGAUCAGACAGCAUGCUUUACUUGCGGGUCUAGCGCAAGGCACUGCAGAAGAGUUCUACAUCCUUGCCGCCCAGCAGUUGGAUGGUUAUGGUCAGGAAAUCUUUCCAGCCAAGGAUGAAUCAGGUGUGGAAGUUAUGGUUGGUGUUUCCCUUAAUGGCAUACUCGCUGCUUAUGACUCAACUCAAAAAUUCUAUAACUGGAAGGACAUUACUAAUGUUAUCAACCAUAAGCGUCACUUUGGGAUAGAGUGCCAGCUGUCAUAUGAAAAUACUCAGUUUGUAUUUCAAGAUCCUGAAUUAGCCAAAUAUGUUUGGCGCAUGUGUGUACACCAGCAUACGUUCUAUAUGCAGCAGCACGAAAAUGUUGCUGAAAACUCUGCACCUGGUGGAACAGAUCCAAACCAACAAGGCACAGUCUUCCACAGUGCUGAGGAUGGCCACCUGAGUGAGAGCCGUGAAGAGCUGGAUGUUCAUGAGCUGGCCCACUGGAAUGCUUCAGGCUGUACAGUGCAACGAGCGCAGUCCACCUCCUGCUUGGAUCUGAGCAAGAACACUGAACUGGAUAGACUGAGAGCUUUGCUGCCUUCAUACCGCCCUGCACCUGAUUAUGAGACAGCUGUGCAGCUCAAGUACCACAGUACUAAUGCUGCUAGUCACAAUGCAGCUGCUAUUGCUCCACGUAGACCAUACGGCACUUUUCUAUACAGCAGCCAACCAGACAUCCAUCGAAAUCAGUUAUUGGAAGUACAAAAGACUUUGGCACCAUUUGCUAUUUAUCCUGAUGUGGCAGCUGAUAUUAAACACCAAGUCAUGUUGCCUUCACCAACAAUGGCAUCCCCGGCCUCUGCUUAUAGCACAUCGGACUUGGAUGCAGUGGAUGCUGGCUUGCACAUGCUGCACCUGUACCAGUCCCCACCCCGGCACACUGCCCCAGCUGCAGCACCAGGUCUACAUUCUGGUGCUGCACCUCCUCCGCCGUACCCAGCCCUGCGUGGUGCAAGUAGCUCCACUCCUGAUCUGGCUACCCAGACUGUGGGGGCUCAGACACUCAUUACACCAGCAGCGGCAGUUGCUGUAAUGGGUGGGGGCCGUCCUGCUCUGCAUGGCCCUCUUCAUGUGAGCGGCUCCAGCCCUGAUCUGGUGUCUUCACGGGUUACUGGUGGUGGGGGGCACAUGCCUCUAGGCCUGCCUCCUACACCUGCACCUCUCUCCCACAAUGCAGCUGCACACCGCACAUACACUGACUUAGCUGCUGCUGCAGCUGCAGACACUCCACUCAUGUCUGCACCUGAGCCAAUCUAUGAGAAUGUGCCUCUGCCCUGGACCACCGCUCCUGGGCCAAAUGCGGGUUUGCUGCUGCAGCAGAGUGACCCAAUAGAAACUUCUACAUCUAGCGCUUCCGCUAUUCCAUCUGUUUCUACUGUGAGCUCCUCCCUUGCGAGUGGACAUAAUCAGCCUCAUCCACACACCCGUCCUCUGGCUGAACACCAUCAGCCAACUCCAUUGCUCCAACACCAGAUGCAACAGCAACUUCUGCAUCAACCACAUCCUCCUUCACAACAACAGCAGCCACAGCUUUCACAACCACUCCUUUUACAUCCUCAACAACAACAACAACAGCAGCAGCAACAGCAACCGCAACAUCAUCAUCAGCAGCAGCAGCAACACCACCACCACCACCACCACCAUCAGCAGCAUCAACAACAACAGCAGCAGCAGCAGCAGAAGCAGCAGAUUAUGGCAUCAGCAAUAACACAAGUACAUGGAUCUCACAUAGAGCAGGAAAUACCAGAUAAUUCAUGCAGUGCAACGGAUGCUGGAGGGAAAGGCAAGUGUCGAGUGCUGGAAAGAAAAUUAGCUGACAGCCAACUCUUCUUUGAAUUUGAAAAGAUACCAAAGAAGAAACAAAAUGCUGACUUCUCUACAGCUCUUCUGCCAGUCAAUGAGAAGUUCAACAGAUAUAAAGAUGUACUGCCCUAUGAAGAGAAUCGUGUGCGCCUCACACCAUUUCGAGAUAACAAAUUUGGAUACAUCAAUGCUUCCCACAUAACUGCAACAGUGGGCAGUCAUCAACGCUUUUAUAUUGCUGCUCAAGGUCCAUUGCCUCCCACUGUGCAGAGCUUCUGGCAAAUGGUGUGGGAGGCUGAUGUAUACCUUGUUGUAAUGCUCUGUGGUCUUCGUGAUGAUGCUUCUGCAGCCUACUGCCCCAUGAGUACAGACCGUGGUCUUGAGGUGGGAGAGGUAUGGCGCCAGUUCUCUCAAGAGACAGGUCAUUGCAUCACUACAAAGUUGCGAAUGUAUCAUGUGAAUUCACGGCGCAUGCGGGGAGUUUGGCAUCUGCAAUACACAGAAUGGGGGGAACAAGGCUGCCCUGUGAGUGUGGGACACUUCCUUGGUUUUUUAGAAGAACUCAGUUCUGUGAGGCAGCAUACCGUCAGUGAAAUACCACCUGGCCAUAACCGCAAUCCUCCAGUUCUUGUACACUGUAGUGCUGGUGUUGGUCGCACAGGAGUGGCUAUCCUGAGUGACCUGCUGCUCUUUACCCUUGACCAUAACCAAGAGCUUGACAUACCAAGAGUCACAACAUUGCUUCGUCAUCAACGUAUGCUCAUGGUUCAGACAGUGGCACAAUACCGUUUUGUUCACACUCUUCUCAUCUACUACCUGAAGCAUUCAAGGCUUAUAUGAGCUGCUUACGAAAGUGAAACAAGGUGUAAGCUUGUGAUGCAUAAAUGUUUCUCUGGAGUGUGAUAGGAAUAGGCAUUUCUAGUGGAAAACUAUGAAUUGAAAGCAAAAAAUGUGUGAAUGAAUGAUGCAGAUGACUUUUUAUCUUCAUGAAUAUGUUUGAUGUCCCAAGAAAUCUUAAAAUAGCAUUCUCCUGCUUAAGUUAUUUAGCUUUAUAAAAGAUUGUUUCAUGAGAAUUGUGAGUUUCCAGGAAGUUGCUCAAUGAAUAAUAUUGUUGCAUGAAAUAUCAGUAUGAGUAGUCAGUUGAAGUUGCAAAACUGCUAUUUUUCUUUGUUAUUUUUCUGCAGAAAAUAAUAAAAUCUUAAGUGAAGAGAUGUGCUUAAAAAUAUACAGAUGUAUACAUAAUGUCAGAAAGUGGCAAUCAAAAGAUUUGUGAUAAUAACAGUAAGUUUUACUGUCAUUUUAGACGACUAUUUAGUUAUGAAAAUGUAAUGGAAAUCCAGUAAAUCCACAUUGUCUCUUGGCAAAUUACUUUGAAAAAUGAUGGAUUCAUUCUGCAACAUUAAUGGUUGUUCCACUAGAUAAUGCGUGGUAGUGAUUUGCUUGUUGGCUCAAAAUGUAGCAAAAAUGAGAAUUGCACAAUUUUCAUAAUUUUUCAAAUUGAAUAUUCCAAGUUAAGAGAUAGAUUCCAAGUACAUAUACACGAACAUUUAUCUUUUGAAUUGUAAAAUUAAUUCAUAUUAUAGUCUCUUUUGUAAAAAUUUGAUUGAUUGACAUUAUUCUUUUCUUUUUUAUACCUGCCCUGGAACAAUCGUUUCACUAGUGUAUUUUAGAAAAGUACAUUAUAAGACCUGAUUUACAAGCUUUCUUUUGACAAAUGGUUUUGGAGAAUUAGCAAGCUUACGCAUACACAGGUUAGUUUGUGAAACAACAAAGCUGCUCUGCAUAUUCGCUAAAACUCCUGAACUUGCUUGUGAAAAGGAUGUAUGGAAAUCAAGACCUAAAAUAUACAAAUCCCCUAGAAGCAAUUUACAUUACCUGUCGUACAGAAUUGUGCUUUUUAUAUCUUGUUUGGAAUCGUUCACUUCGCUUGCAAUCAAUAUUCAAUUAGAAAAAAGGUAUGUGCUACGUGUAUUAGAAAAUUGUUAUAAUUUUUAAAAAUUUCAAGUUAGUUUUGACUAGAAAAUGCUUUCUGUAAAAUGGUGACUUUUUGAAAAUCUGUUAUGUGGUCUUGUCAUUUUUAUAAUUUUUGUAUCUGGAAUUAUAAUGUGUGUUACUUUUACCAAAGCAUAAGUGAAUUUGGAUGCAAUAUAGGUUCAGUUUUCACUGAACUUUGCCAUUUUGUAUGUUUUGUGCCAUUAGUAUUGCUGCCCAUUGGGCUGAAAUAGCAUUUACUGUUUGCUCAGGUAAUUUUGUUUAAUCCAAACAGAGAAGGAAAGAAAGUAAUAGGAAUGUUUUAACAUAACGAAAAGAUGUUAUACUGGUCUCUUCUAAAAAGAAAAUGAAUGUAAGGAAGUAAAUAACAAUUUUGAACAUUCGUCAUAAAGCCUAAUGGGCUUUUCUCAGUUGUAUUUGCUUCCUCCUACAGUACCAUAGGUAAUUCCUUAAUGUUUGUGCACCCAAUUUCGAUUAACAGGUGUAUUAGCAUGCACCAGCAAUUUUUUACGCUAUUUUAAAGCCGUGAGAGAAAGCAAUAAGAAUAUAUACAGUGAAUUACUUUGUGGUGUGUUGCAUAACAGGUAAAUGAAAAUUACCACUUUCAGUUCAAAUUUUUUCUUAAUGGUGUCAUCAAUUAUUUCAUUAACACUAAUUCUAGUCCAAUAUGUAUUUUUACCAUUGUUUAUUGUAAUUACCAAUUUUUAAUUUUCUCUUUCCCUCUUUCCCUCUCUCCGAGUGAACGAAUUUUAGCCAUGUUUUUCUAUCUGAAUAUUUCGGGAAAUCAAUUUCAUGAGUAACUUGUGUUGGCAUGUAUUUGCUGAAUACCAUUGCCAAAUAGAACUGAAAUACUAGUGUUAAUCCUCUAUGUUAAUGCAGAUAUUGACCACACAUUGUAACAGCAUAGUAGUGCUGAAAUUUUCCGUCCAUUUUGAAUCUUGCCUUCCAUGUACUGUGAAUUAAUUGCAAUGCUUUUUGUAUAAAAGGACUAUAUUUUAUAAAAAAGUAAAAUUAAUAUCAAUGUUUAAUAGUUAAUGAAAGAUUAAACUCUAGCACAAUGUCCUUACUGUAUUUCUUAACUACUUCCGUUAUUUAAGUAAAUUAUACAAGAAAGAAAAACUUGCAUUUAAUUUGAUAAUGCCAAUGUCAACAACUUAACAGGGAAAAUGAGCACAUGGCAUUCAUUUACCCUGUUUUACAAUUUCAUAUUGCAAAUAACAUGGGAAGGUGUGACUCUAAGUUUACUAUACUCUAUAUGUAAUGAUUUUUCUCCUUUAGUAAUGUUAAGGCAAACUUGUUGCCCAUUAUUAAAGGAUAAUCUGCAGAGCAAUCAUACUGAUAGAAAAACUUUGUUACAUCAACAUGCUGAUGAUUACUGAAAGAAAUUUGUAUGACUUGUUUCUUGUGCUUCCUUUAAAACCGAUCUAUUUCAAAAUUUUAUCAUAAUAUAAUGGCAAAGUGAUGUUUUCUCAUAUUUUUUCUGCAAAUAUAUGAAAAAAAUUAAUACAAGUUGGUUGGUGGCUGUUAUAUAUCUUUACAAAACUUUCAGAUAUGUACUCGAUUUGUUUUAUAAUGUGCGUUGGAAGAUGUGAAUUGAUUAUGGCAAGGACCAAUAAUGCAAGUUUAUAUCAUACAUCUGACUAGCUUCUCACUCUGAAGAAUUACAUUUCAUUUUUUCCCGCAAAUUUGUAGUAAUUUUUAAAGAAUGCUGUGUUAAUAGGUUAGAAAUGUUCAAUGAAUCGUGGUGCUAGACUUUUUUUUUUAUUUUGUAAAAAGUUUUAUAUUACAAGAAAUAGUAUUCUGUUGGCUGUUGAUGUGUACAGUAAUUUUAUUUUGAAUUUGUAAUUUUAAUGUCAAUUUAUUUAUCUGUAUCAUUUGAAAAUGAAAUAAUACCAAUGAAACAAAGAAAAAUAUCCCAAAUGAAUGCAGCUUUUCACUGUAUAUCAUUUUUCACUCAAUUUUGAGGAACUUGUACAAUAAAUGUAUCACUUAAUCUCCUCAAAGUUGCAAUAAAUUGUUUAACAGGGGAGAAUCUAGUAAGGGCACUAUGUGACCUUCCAGCAAAGUGUAAGUUAAUUUGUGGCUGUAUUAUUUUCAGAAGUUUAAGUCUUUUCACUUGACAGUUAAGCGUAAAUGUAUUUUUCUGGUAUUUGUGUCUGUAUUAUUUCCAAGACUUUUUUCUUCUUCUAGAAACUGCAGAAUAACAUUUCCAGCUGCAUCCUUACACUUUGAAGAAAGGAAUUAUGGAUUGUAGGGUUUAGUGCAUGGAUUGUAGUUUCUUUUUCUGUGCAUUGAAGCCUAUUAGAACAAAACAGAGGUUGGCCUAAAUUUGGGCUCACUUUCUUUUAACAAAUAAUUUAACACAGAUUGUUCUUUUGUGACCAGUUUUCAUUUCAAAUAACCAUUUCAAUACAAGAAUUCCAAAUUAUUUUAGAGAAAUGUUCAUGUCCAUGAAAUUAAAAAAAAUUGGAAUGAUACAAUUUAAUGACAUCUUAGCUCUGAUCCAAUUAGGUGACAUUUAGAUUUUGUGUUCACAUCUCUAAUGAAAUAAUUAUCGUUAUUUUAACUUUGAUGUCUAAAAUUUGCCAUUGCAAACUCAAUUAAAUUCCAACAGAUUUUCUGUACAAAAACAGAAACCUACAUAUGCAUUCUAAGACUGCAGACUAAGUUGCAUUCUGAGAACAAUCUGCACUAUUCUAGCCCCUCUGCCCUGUUCUUCUAAGCUAUAUCGUGUAUAUGGAAGACUGCUCCCCUAGGAAACAAUAUUUAGCUGUAGGAAGUCUGGGAAAAAAAAGUACAAAAUGAAGCUGAUUGAAACAGAACUGCCCAAUUAGAAUAGUAUAUUUUACUUAUAAAUGAUGUACAAAGAACUCUAUACAAUAACUGUCGCUCUGUUUUAUAAUACAAUAGCAGUAUUGUCUCUAACAAGUGCCUUUAAUUACUUAGCAAAAUAAAUGUUGAUUUGUGAAAAAACUCUGUCUGUGUGAAAAGUGUGCUAACUGGAUGCUGAAGGGGGGUAGUAUGGCCGUGCACUUGAUCCACCAGCAUAGAAAUGCCCUGGAGGGUGGUUGGGAGGAUGACCAGUCGGUGGAAACGGAAGUGGGUAUGAAGGAUAAGAAGCUGAUUGCACAGCUGAUGCAAUUGGUGGAGCAGUUGCCGUAGGCACAUUUGCUGGAGGUACACUGGCCCCUGGUACUGUUGUAGCAUAGGGGAAGGUGCCUGGCAGAGGUGGACCGCUGUGACCAUAAGAGGCACCGUACUGGAAUGCAGCGUCUUCGUUCUUGAGUUUGUCUCCAGCAAGACCCUCACUGCUGACUGCAGUUGGAAGCACUGGCUUGGGCUCAGUCUUGCUCACUUUCACAGGAAUCGCAGAUGGCACUGGUGAGUGAUGAAGCACGCCUGGUGACACUGGCGUCUCUAAGUGAGGCUUCUUAGCCCCAGGUGAUCGUGGCUGCAAUGGAGGGGAGUCGGGAACAUUUGCCGACUGUGGUUGUGAGUAGAGGUCAAGCACUUGAUGACAAAUGUCUUCCAGGAGGUCCAUGGACACAUCUUCUAAAAACAUGUCCCACCAACGCAGGUGCUCUGGGGUUCGACCAGACCAGUCCACCACUUCAAAUUUGCUCAGCUUCCCAGACAAAUACAUGAGUGCCACAGCAAUCACCUCAGGUUCCCACUGCAAGCUCAAGGUAGUGCAGAGGCUGUACAAACCAUUAGUCAUUAUGCAACAUCUACAUAUCAGAAUGAAUAUGGUAACUAUAUGAAUAAAUAAUGUUAUAAAAGCGUAUUCCAAACAUUUCAUUAUGUUCCUUAGUGAUUUAUAAAAGUAAAGAAUUUAUUCUUUUUCUGCAAUUGGAUUAUUGAAUAUUAUCAGCCAACAUUUUUGGUGAUUCUCCACUUUAUGGAAAAAGACAUUAUAUAGACAUUUUAAACAUUUUACUAGUUUAGAACUUUUAGGCAAGGAUGUCAAAAUAGUUAAGCUUUUGAAUAUUUCUUGGGAUUAAGCACUCUAAAUGUGAAUAAUAAGUCAGCCUUAUGAAGACAAACUACCAAAACAGUAUGAAAUAAAUCAUUACAGUCAGGCAAUUUAUGGUAAGUAAGAACCUAGUUAAAAUAUUGGUGGGGAGGCCAAUUGCUGAAACUCUGACAAAAUUAAAUAAUCCUGAAAAUUACCUCAACUGAUUUUCUGGCAAAAUUCAGAAAACUGAAAUGGUAAAUAAAUAUAAAUAUAUACCAAAAUACCCAGAAUGAUGUAGGAAGAAAUAUCGAAAUUCUUCAUGAAUGGAUAAUAAUCACAUCCAUUCCAAUCAACAAAAAAGGUUAAAAUGAGUAUGUCCAAUUGCUUAAUUGUCACAAAAUUCAUAAGUCUAUGAAUAUCGGAAUCUACAGCAUGUCAGAUAUUUCAUGCUGAAUAGCAAAAAUAAUGAAUCUGACCAUUGAUUUCAACAGAUUUUGUUCCAUGAACCUUUUCUGAUGGAAUGUAGAAGUUUUGACCUGGUCAGUCUACGAGGCCAACAUACAGGGGUGAUUCAGCCCUUGUUGCUGAUGCGCUGGGACCUUAUCCCGUAUAUAAUGUAGAGACUGAAGUUGCCACAAUUUGAUUCUUGUCUUUUAGUUUUGUAAAUAAUGAACAUUCAGCUUUGGACUAUCUGCUCAUGCAACAUGAUGGCAAGCGAGCAAGCGGCUUCACUUAGCUUUAUGAGGCUCGCACAAGGUAAAUAGCAUGCAAGGUCCACAGCAUCACAAUCUGUUGUCUAGUAUACAAUUUGUGCGGAGAGAUUACUAGAGUUUUCCAUUUCCAGCGGGUGCAGCAUUUGUACAGGAGAGACUUAUAAUAUCCUUUUCAAUCUAGCAUAUCCUGCGCAAAU